GCCGCAACCGCUAGUCGAGCAGUGUUUUCUUCAUACGCUGGACCCGGAACGAAAGAAACUACCACUAUGAACGGACUUCACGCCUGCCUGUUUCUGGCCCUGGUCUCCAGCGCUGCUGCUGGCUACGUCCGCGGCUCCCUGCUCAGGAAUGCCGCUCUCGGAUACGGCUACGGAAACUAUGCCACUGGAUUGGGCGGUUACGGUGGCUAUGCCCUGGGUCACGGCUACGGCUACUCCGGGCUCACCGGCUCCGGCCUUGGUUAUGGCGGCGUAAGCUACGGUGGUCUCGGCUAUGGUUAUGGAGGCCUUGGCUAUGGCUACAGCGGUCUCGGCCGCACCGUAGCCGCUGCGCCAGCCGUGACUCGCACGGUGUCUGCCUAUCACGCUGCGCCAGCUGUGUCCGCUGUGCACACUGCUCCAUCUUACGCCACUUACGCAGCUGCCCCGGCUAUCACUCGCUACGCUUCCUACGGCGUGGCCCCAUCCGUGGCUUCCUACGGUGUCGGCCUUGCUCACACUGCCCCAGCUGUCACCGCAGUCCACCAUGCUCCAGCUGUCGCCUCCUACGGCGUCGGACUCACUCACGGUGCUCCAGCCGUUGCCUCCUACGGCGUCGGACUCACUCACGGUGCUCCAGCCGUUGCGUCCUACGGCGUUGGCCUGGCCCACGCUGCUCCAGCGGUCGCUUCGUACGGAGUUGGGCUUGCCCACACUGCCCCAGCGGUUGCCUCCUACGGCGUCGGCCUGGCUCAUGCCACUCCUGCCGUAGCAUCUUACGGAGUUGCGCACUCUGCCCCUGUUUAUGGUUACGGAGUCGGAUCGCUUGGUUACGGCUCCGGUCACUACGGCUACGGUUACGGCCUCGGCAGCUAUGGCCUGAACUACGGCUACGGUCUUGGCUCUCCCGUGCAGUACUCCAGCCUCAUUCACAAGAAGUAAAUUAUUCAUCACGAAAAAAUCGGCCUGAACAUCUCCCCAUUACGUCUUUGGAAGCUAUGGAACCGGCGUUUUACUACGCUCAUCAUUACCUGUGAAUUCUCAAUAAAAAUGUUAUGAGAUUUGGAAUAUUAA